CCCGCCCAGAACCCCUACUAGCCCGGGGGCUGAGAACAGCCACUCUGCACUCACUCCCGAGAGCCCACGCUGGCCGCCAAGCUCCUGCGGGAGGGAAGGGCCGUGAGCGGCUGACUGCAGAGGACAGUCUCUUCCAGGGCACAGGUUUGGACGACGACAGGGGUGAAGGGUGGGGUGUGUGCAAAAGAAGCCGGGGAAAGGGCCUGGGUCCCAGGUGGAACCCCACACUGCCCAGGCAAGAGGCCUGACCCUGGACCUGGUGGGUACACGGCUAGACUCUGCCCCUUAAAGUGGGGGCCAGGGUGGGCUACAGUCUCCAGAGGGGCAGGGACUGGGGGCCGGACAUCUGGGCUCCCCAGUGGCAGGCGGUGGCGUCUGGAUCCCCCAGGAACACCGUGGGACGCAGCCGGUUGCCCGGGGUACUAGGGGCCAGAAAGCGGUACCCCGUGAACCGCCCAGGCAAGAGAGGAGGUGGGAGAUGGGGCGAGCCCCUUAACAAGGCCGGUGCCGGGGAUCGGGGGCAAAUGCCCGGCACAAGAGCUCAAAAUGGCGCCAGGCUCCUCCUCGGGAGGUGCGGAGGGCCACGCCCGUCGUCUGGGGCGGGGGAGGCGGCCUCCGCACCAGGCGACUGCGGUGGGAACGCUGCGGGCUGUGAAAUCAGGCUGGGAGAACGGGACCCACCCGCACCCACUGCUACCUCUUCGACUCCCAGCUGGGGCACAAACCCGGGUCCAGAUUCAGAGCCAGGGGCCUGGACACUGGGGCCCAGAAGGGCUCCAAGGCCCCCAGACCCGAGUGGGCUCCUCAUCAGGGGCUGCCAGCCCGGGGGGGGGGGGGGGCGGUGGGGUGGGUGGGCGCGCAUUUCCGCUCCGGGUCCAUCCUCGAUCCUGCCACCCCCGGCUCUGGACUGCUGGUCCCUGCGGACGCCCUACCAUCUGGCCCUGCCCUGUCUCCUCUCCUCCUUUAGUACCCGCCACCCCCGACAUCUGUUCCCCCUUCUGCUCUGGGGACCUUAGGACUGGAGGGGAAUGCGGGGGCUCUGAUUGCCGGACCCUGAGGCCUAGGAUGGCAGUGGAGGGUGGGGAGGGCAGAGGUUAUCAGAAAUGCAAGCACAGGGUCCUCCCAUCGCGAGCCCCAAGGGGAAACCAGGGGUCUGCCCUCCCAGCCCAGGCUUCCAGCCCCCAGGCAUCCCCGUCCCCAUCGGGUCCCUCAGCACAGCUCUUGGGGCUUUGAACCUGGGUGAGAAAGGGUUAAGAGCGGGUGGAGGCUAGGGCUGGGUGGCAGGGAGGCCUGGUUGUUUGGGUUGUUUGGUGAUAAUCCCCCUCCGUGCCCUGGGCGUGGAGAACACGGUUAGGGCCCCACGUGGGAAAGGGCCUCCACUCUGAUCCCAAUCCCCAUGGGCCUGGCCUCCUGCUUCUGCUCCCCGCCCCCUUCCGCCUCCCCGGUCAGGCCUGCGGGCCUGCCUGUGCUCCUCCUGCUUCACAGGUGUCUCUGAGCCCCCUGCCCACCUGUCUGUCUCAGCCCCCAGGCUCCCUGGGACCCGUUGCCCCCCACCCUGUGGACUCUGGUUGCCUCCUGGUCUCCCCUUGUGUCCGUCCUCUCUCCUCGCAGUUCCUUCUCCCUGCCUGGCCCUUGCCCUUCACUCACCUCUGCCCCCGCGACUCUGUCUUUGCCGUCUGUGCCUCUGUCGGCCCCUUUCUCCAUUUCUUUGCCACUAAGUCUUCAUCUUUCUCUAACUCCCCCUCCCCUGCCCACCCGGCUCCUCCUUUCUCCCCCUUGCCCCCUCUUUGGGUUUCCCCAUCUGUCCCCCCUCCCUGCCUUCUCCCCAGGGCCCCCUGCCCCUCGACACUGACGGAUAGCUCUGGGGUGUUAAGCUACGGAUUAGUUCAGGCAAAAUUCUCGAUUUUGCUUGCGUUCUUUCCCCUUUGGGUUAUGUAAACAGUAAUUCUCCCCAGAUGGAACUAUUUUCCUCGCUCAGAAGCAGCCGGGAGGGGUCUGGGGCAGGGCUGGGGGUGGAAUGCUGGGGUUCCUCAGGGAGCCUGGGGAGCGGGCUGGAGGCUGACCCCCGAGGGCGGCCUGAGGCCCCCUGCCCAGACACUCGUCUCCUCUCCAGGUACUUGCCUCCGCCAGAACCAUGCCAGUGACCUUUGCCCUCUUGCUCCUCCUGAGCCAGGCCAGCGCAGACCCAUGCUACCAUCCAGGGGGCCGCCCCCGCUUCUGUCUCCCACCAGUGACCCAGCUGGCCAGCAUGGCUGCCUCCUGUCCCCAGGCUUGCAUCCCCUCCCCGGGGGCGGAUCUCGGCCCCCGGGCCACCUGCAAUGGCAGUCUGAUCCUGGCUUUGGGUGGCCCCUUCCUCCUGACGUCCGUCAGCCUGCGCUUCUGCACCCCAGGACCCCCAGCCCUGGUCCUGUCUGCCACCUGGGCCACCGGAGGGCCCUGGAGAUCACUGUGGCGCAGACCCGCCUGGCCGGGGGCCUUGGGAGGCCCCGAGACGGUGACCUUCCGAGCCCCACUGGGCCCUAAGGCCAGGGUGGUGGCCAGUCACCUCCGUGUGGAGCUCGGGGGCCAGGCAGGGCUGGCAGCAGCAGGAGUGAGAGGCCGCUGCCAGUGCCAUGGCCACGCAGCCCGCUGUGCUGCCCGUGACCGGCCGCCCCGCUGCCGCUGCCGCCACCACACCACCGGCCCAGGGUGUGAGAGCUGCCGCCCGUCCCACCGCGACUGGCCCUGGCGGCCUGCCACGCCCCGGCACCCUCACCCUUGCCUGCCCUGUUCCUGCAACCAGCACGCCCGACGCUGUAGGUUCAACUCUGAGCUGUUCAGGCUGUCGGGCGGCCGGAGUGGGGGUGUUUGUGAGCGGUGCCGCCACCACACAGCCGGGCGGCACUGCCACUACUGCCAGCCGGGGUUCUGGAGGGACCCUAGCCAGCCUAUCAACAGCCGCAAGGCCUGCAGGGCCUGCCAGUGCCAUCCUAUCGGGGCGACAGGUGGUACCUGCAACCAGACCAGUGGGCAGUGCUCCUGCAAGUUAGGGGUCACUGGCCUGACAUGCAGCCGCUGCGGUCCUGGCUACCAGCAGAGCCGCUCCCCAAGGAUGCCCUGCCAGCGAAUUCCAGAGGCAACCACCACCCUUGCUACAACCCCUCAUGCUUACAGCUCAGUGCUCCGUGCGCAGGUGCUGGCGUCCGAGGCGGCGGGCCCGGCGUGGCAGCGGCUGGCCGUGCGCGUCCUGGCUGUAUACAAGCAGCCAGCGUGGCCUGUGCGCCGCGGCGGCCAGGACGCCUGGGUGCCCCGCGCCGACCUGGCCUGUGGCUGCUUGCGCCUGCGGCCCGCCACCCACUACCUGCUGCUGGGCAGCGCGGCCGCCGGCCCCGACCCCGCGCGCCUCGUCCUCGACCGCCAUGGCCUCGCGCUGCCCUGGAGGCCACGCUGGGCCCGGCCGCUGCGGCGGCUGCAGCAGGAGGAGCACGCUGGGGGCUGCCACGGCCUGCGGCCUUCGACCCCGAGCCCUGAACCCAGGAUCUAGAGCCGGAGCCAGGCGGCCUCAAACUCCAAGGGAGGGACUGGAAGCAACCGCCAGAGGAGUCUUCUACCUCGACGGUGCGUCCCCCAGCAAGCCAAUCAGACGCCGCAGAGCCCCUGACGUCACUUGCAUGUGCCAGCACCGAGGAGGCAUGAGGGACUUUUAAAUAAAGGCGGCAAACCUCUUGGUCUCUGGCUAGGACACUCGACCUGUGACCUACGCAGCUAGUCCCCUCAAUAAAGUCUCAACUCUUGGGGAAAGUCGG